CCCGCCGCCUACCUGAUUCGCUAUGAAGUUUGGGCCGGGCGGUGACCCGUAGUUGGUACGCAGUUGUCAUGGCGCCGGUUUCAACUGCUUUGUAGUGGGGGGGAAUGGAAGUCUGCACCGAGAGGUUUACGUGACGUUGGCAAUGUACGAUGGGAAGGGGUGCGGGAGUGUAGUGCAGCCGGGGGAAGGGGCCUGACCAUAGAGUAUUAUCAGCCAUGGCUCUGGAGCGGCUGCCGAGUGCAUCAGCCAAGGGGACACAGCUUAGAUUUAAUUUGGAUGUGGUAACGCACCCAACGAAUUUAGCCGCCCAGUACGCAGGCCCCAAUCCCAUCGUAAUAGAGAAGAUCUUAAGAGCCCAGAAUAAACACGCAGACCAUUCAGCCGCUGAAGAUUUGCUCCGAAACUCCUGUUCAUCUGUAUCGUUCAGCAUCGUCUCGGAGGAGCGGCUGAAUCUUGCCGUCCAGCUUGCAAAGCGAGAUGUGAAAAGAAGUAACUUAAGGGGGAAGAUCGGCUCCAAAGCUCAACCUCAGCCCAAACCAGGGGCGGUGUCCAGCAGUCCUGACAGGAGGAGGCUGCCGAGGGCCAACGCUCCGGGAAAACCUGAGGUCACCAGAUCGGGGGCCAGAGUCUACGUGUAUACCCCAGAUCGAAACAGGAUGGACAUGGGGGUCUCAGACUCGCCACCUACACGAGAUCCUGGUCCUGGAGGAAGCCCGAAAAAAGGAAUGGACCCCAGUGAGCACGAAGUGAGGCGUCUGCAGAAAGAGCUGCACACUUACAUGAAGAAAAUUGAAGACCUUGCCAGGAAAGACCACCAAAUAGAUUUCUUGGACCCAUCAGAAGAAGUCAGAGGCCGCUUACGCCAGCAGGAACGGACAGCUCGAUCAGCCAGGAUGCUCUAUGUUUUGCAGCAACAGGUAAAAGAAAUCCAAGAGGAUUUAGAAAAGCUAAGCCCCCAGAAAAUCAGGCACACAAGGAAGUCUCGUGCCAUGUCCAGACUGGCAGCUGUUCACCGUGGAGCCAUUCGUGCCCUGCAGAUGUUCAUCACUCAGCUCAGUGAACGGGGCGAGCAACAGAUUCCUUCUCUCUACAAGGAGCUUGGACACAUCAUCCGUCAGUUAUCCCUUUGCACUGCAAAGCUUGACGCUGGAGGUGAUCCUGCUGCCUCCAAUCUGAUCAUCUCAAUUCUCCAGCAAGUCGAGGACUUGGAUGUAUUUCUUGAAGCUAAAAUGUCUUCAGAUGCAAGGAGGCCAUUGCCCGAUACAGCUGCGGCUAGACCUCCACCUGUUAUUAAGGUUUCCAGAAGUACUGCGUCACCUGUUAGAGACGUUCAUUAUCCCCCACCUGUUCAUAAAGCGAUAGAGCCGCACGAAGAGGGUCACGUGAAUAGACGCCUUGCGCUUGAUGACCCUCCUGAAUCAAUGAGUGUUGCAGCCCAAACAGACCAACAACCAUCCUCUCCAGAAAGGCGAUUGGCACUGAAGUCAGGUCUGAAAGCGCUGAUUCAAGCUGGACACCUGAAGGGGCUACACAGAAGUGGGGUGGGACAGAAGAAGAGCAAAGGAGUGCUGAUUCCUCAGAGACCUAAGGGCUUCCGACAGCCACGUAAGACAGACCCAUCCCAACGGUCGCAUUUUCAGGAGAAAACUGUGUCAUUCAAGCUGAAGGAGAAUCAUCCAGUUGUCAAAGAGAAGAAAAUUCCCUGGGUACCUCCGAGCCCAAAAUCUCCUUCAUCUUCCCCAAAAAGGUCAAGCUGGAACCCAGAAGUAAAAAGUUUCAGUGCUUCUCCAUGUAAAAAUAGGGAUCUGGUUGAUUCUUCAAUUAGAAGAGAAGCUGAGAAAGAUGACAAAGAGAACAUAAACUCCCGGUUGACUUGGCUGGACACUGAGACUGCAAGACGACUGCAACAACUCGACAAUCUCUACAGGGAAGAAAUAGCCCAUUUACGGCAUCUUAGGGAGGAGGCUCCUGCUGCAAAAAGAAUUCCUAAUGGAAGUAGUAAUGAAGCAAGGAGACAGUUGGCAGAGGACGUGUUAUCAGGAACGGAAAGGGAGAGUCUGCAGGAACUGGAUCUUAAGGAGUUUUCACACCGUUAUCAGCAACCUGAUAGUGAAUUAGAGGCUAUGAUCCAGAAAAUGGAAGAAAUGGAGAAAUACCAAGAAGUAGUUCGGCAGCGGUUUACUCGGAUAGUUUAUUCAGACCCAGAAUUCUGGGCACAAGAAGAUAAAGAGAGAUCUCAGGCAGCCAUAGGCGAGGGUCCUCAUUCUCCCCACCCUAUUAGGAUCACAAAAGCCAAAGGACAGCGGGAGCCGGUGGUAGACAUUCUUCUACAGGAGCCUUUUGAAGGAGAUUCCCUACAGAUACACAAAGAAGAGUUGGCUCGCCGGUCUCCUCGCCACUUUAUCCAGCACCCUCUCGAGCACACUACAGGGCUCUUGCGUCUGUCUGUUCCCUCACAAAUGCUACAGAGUAUUCGCAAUUACACUGACAAUUUUGACCGACACCUUCGGCUGACCUCCCACGAGGAAGUGGGAGAUUUCAACCCAUGGCACAUCACAGAGAGCCUGGCAGAGGAGCUUAUAAAUGAUGCCGUAGGGGAGGUAGCGGCAGAACUACAAGACCUUUGUGAAGGCUACGCAGAAGCUGUCUUUACUUCAGAGUUCAUGGAGCCUUCAGAAAACAACUAGUCCAUAAAUUAAAUGUAAUGAAUUGGUGCAAUUGCAAAUUUUUUUAAAUAUAUUUAUUUUAAGCAAAAUGAUCUACAACUUUGCAGAAUGUGGAGUAUUUUUAAUCAUUUUCUGCUUGUAUGAGCAGUCUUUCCUUUAUCUUUUUUAGCAAGAACUAAAGGAACCAAGUGAAGGCUACUUUAUGUUAUGCACCUAAAUAUUGUGCCAAACACUUUCAUGUUUCUGAUGAAAACCAUCUCCUGUAUGUUUGUUUGUUUGUUUGUUUUUUAAAUAGGAACCCUAAAAGUUGAGCAGCUUUUGCUCUAGGACUUUGUACACUACAGCUUGGACACCCUGUCACCCAUUUAAUAAAAUAUACUUUAAAAAAAACACACACAAAAUAUAAACAGUUCAUCAAAACAAUGAAUUUAUUUCGCAAAGGUGUUUAAAAUAAUCCUCACACAUACGGUAUAUGGUAUCACCAUAAAGACCCGUAUUAUAAAGUUACACUAUAUUUAUUCCGCUCAGUCAAUGAUGCAAAAAAUAGAAAUCCAUAAUUUUUAUGUAGCCACAAAUAGUUCUAUGAAAAAAGCCCACAUCUUACUAAAUUGAUGUAAAAAUAAAUUUGGCCACUGUAUCGGUGUGACUGCUUUGCAGCAUUGCCUGCAAAAAAAACACACUCUAACAAGUUUUUUUUGUGUGUGUGUGUGUUUCCUUUUACUAUUGGCCAGACAUCGGGACAUGUGUUUGUGAACGUGGAGAAAAUAUGAGGUCUGAAUUCCUGGCACAUACACUGAAGGGUUCAUACACCACUGUAAACCCAACGGAUGCCAACGUACAAACAGUCCCUAGAUUCCUCAGUGGUUGAUAACUGAAAAGAUGAUGACACAAUUGCAAGCUUUGGAGACCACUUAGGCCUCAGACAGUAUCUGAAGCUUCACAUAUUUAUCUUCGAUUUACUGUCUAACACGAUAAAAAUAUAUAUCUGCAAACAGUCCCUUAUCCUCAGCUGUUUGAGAAGGCAGCGGCGCUGGCAGUAGCGCCACGGACU